AUGACAUGUGAACCGAUUUUUCGACUGCUCAAGAAAGAAGUCCCUACAGUGUGGAAUGAACAAUGCCAAGAAGCUUUUGAGAAGAUCAAGAAUUAUCUAAUGAAACCACCAAUAAUCGUCCCACCAGAACCCGAAAAGCCAUUGUUGUUGUAUCUCACCACUACAGAUACAGUAAUAGAGGCUCUACUUGCUAAAUACCUAGAGAAGACUAAAAAGGAGAAUGCAAUAUACUACAUCAGCAAGAAGAUGUUGCCCUAUGAAGAAAAUUAUUCACCACUAGAAAAGACAUGUGUAGCACUUGUAUGGGCAACCCACAAACUUAGACAUUAUAUGCUUGCUUACAAGGUCUUGCUGAUUGUAAGAAUGGAUCCUUUGAAGUACUUAAUGGAAAAGCCUAUGCAGGAUGGGAAGACAUCUAAAUCGGUGUUGCUUUUUUCAGAAUUCGAUAUUAAAUAUGUGACUAAAAAAUCUGUGAAGGGGAGGGCAAUUACUAAUCACUUAUCUGUGAAGGGGAGGGCGAUUGCUGAUCACUUAGCCCAUUAUUCACCCGGAGAAGCUAAAGAGGUCCAAGGAAACUUUCCAUAUGAAGAUAUCAUAGGGAUUGAGGUAGAAUUGUGGAAGAUGUACUUUGAUAGAGCAACAAAUCAAAAUGGAAGUGGCAUUGGAGUUCUCUUAAUUUCUCCAAAAGGGACACACAUCCCAUUUUCAGGCAGACUUAACUUUCCUGCCACCAACAAGGCCACUAAAUAUGAAGCCUGCAUCAUGGGGUUACGAGCAACUCUAGGCCUUAGAGUGAAAGAAUUGGAAGUAUAUGGUGACUCAGCCUUGAUAAUCUUUCAGAUUCAAAAUAAAUGGAAGAACAAAGAAGAAAGGUUGGUGCCUUAUCAUGAAUGUCUUCAAAAGUGGGCCUCAAAAUUCAACAAGGUCCAAUACCAAUAUGUGCCAAUGAUGCAAAAUCAUAUUGCAGAUACUUUAGCAACAAUGGCAUCCAUGAUGGAUGGGCCUAAAGAAGAUGAAACAAGACCGAUAAUGGUGGAACAAAAAGAGGAACCGGCCUAUUACAUGACAAUAGAGGAAGAUGAGGGAAAGAAUGGGGAAGAUGAAUGGUAUUCAGACAUCCUACAAUACCUCAAGGAUGGGACAUACCCACCAUCUACAAACAAGAAUGAUCAAUUGACCAUCCGAAGAUUAUCUACCAAUUACAUUAUUUGUGGUGAAAGGCUUUAUAGAAGAACGUAUGAUGGAAUUCAUCUCCUUUGUGUAACUACUCAGGAAGCAUAG